GCGACCGUUGGCGAUGAGCGCGGCGCAGGGCGCGCAGGGCCCCGCGUGCGCCGUGGGGGCGCCGGCCGCGCCGCCCGUGCGCUCGCUGCUCCGCCACGUGCGGCUCGAGAACCUGGCGGCGGGGCUGAGCGGCGGCGUCAUCUCCACGCUCGUGCUGCACCCGCUCGACCUGGUCAAGAUCCGCUUCGCGGUAAGUGAUGGAUUGGAGCUGAGGCCAAAGUACAAUGGGAUUCUGCACUGUAUGAGAACAGUCUGGAAGCACGAAGGAUUGCGGGGCUUGUAUCAAGGGGUGACUCCAAACGUGUGGGGAGCCGGGGCUUCCUGGGGACUUUACUUUUUCUUUUACAAUGCCAUCAAAGCCUACAAAAAGGAAGGGARGCUGGAAAGUCUAAGUGCAACCGAACACCUGGUGUCAGCUGCAGAGGCAGGAGCCAUGACCCUCUGUAUUACAAACCCCAUAUGGGUAACGAAGACUCGCCUCGUGUUGCAGUACGACGCUGGUGUUGACCCAUCCAAGCGGCAGUACAAGGGCAUGCUUGAUGCUCUUCAGAAGAUAUACAAGAAAGAGGGCAUACGUGGCUUGUAUAAGGGAUUUGUGCCAGGUCUGUUUGGAACUUCACAUGGAGCACUUCAAUUCAUGGCGUAUGAGGAGUUGAAACUGAGAUACAACAAGUAUAGGAACAGACUCCCAGACAAAAAGCUGAACACUGUGGAAUACAUAACCACGGCAGCUGUAUCCAAAAUAUUUGCUGUGUCAGCAACAUAUCCCUAUCAAGUUGUACGAGCUCGUCUUCAGGAUCAGCAUAACACCUACUCUGGUGUGCUCGACGUGAUCCGCAGGACGUGGAGGAGAGAAGGAAUUCGUGGAUUUUACAAAGGAAUUAUUGCCAAUGUGAUCAGAGUGACUCCUGCCUGCUGUAUUACCUUCGUCGUGUAUGAAAAUGUAUCUAGUUUUUUACUCGGUUUUAGAAAGGAAAAUAAUUAAAGGUACAAGCUUGUGUUAGAAGGAUUUAUCCUUUAUUUUUGAUAUUUAUGAUCUGCGAGAGCCUUACUUCAGCAGUCUGGUUGGACACUGUGAGCUGAUGUAGUGCCAAGAGGGGAGAACCAGGAGAYGACUGUGCAGAUCCAUCCGGCUUCCGUCUCCUUUGCUGAGUGCGCCCAGGCUGCUCCGCGCUCACUCCUCGGGGUCAGCAGUGUCUACCUGAAACAAUUCUCUGCUACUUGAAAUAGCACUGGGACUGGAAGGAGUGAAAACUGACAUCAAAGGCACUCUGGAUUCAGCUAAAAUGUCAAAUACAGAGUAUUUUUCUGUGUCUCACCAAGCAAGUAUGGAUGGAGUUGUUCACAGCGUUGUUUGGAGUCUGCUGAAUCCACCUGUAUGGAAGGUGCUGGUUAGUGCUCCAGGCUGAUGCUCGUCCAACCCAGACGCUGCCUCCACAGGCUGCAGCUUGGAAACUCACUGUGUUUUGUAAACAGCCAGCUCUCCUUUCUUGUUUUUUUGAAUAAUGGCCGAUCUGAUGAAAUACAGUUCUUGUCUGCUACUGAGACAGACUUGCAGGGUGGUUUUUGGCUGCUUCAUCUUUAACACCAGACCAAAGUCAGUGGCACAUCACUGGCCACUUACCCUUCUUUGUCUCUCCAAGACAUUCAGUCUCCAUCACUAAUGUCAGACCAAAUAAUAUUAAAAGCAGGUUACAUAACAAAGUUUGGGGUUUUUUAGUAACUAUGUAAAUACUUUGCAGUUUUCAAGGCACUGGGAAAAAAAUAAAAAAGAGCAAAGAUGACCCUGGUCAUUUUUAAUAUUAUUAUUUGAGAAAUAGGGAUUCUAAAAAAUGCAUCUCAGUCAAUUUGAGUAAUAGUAUUUACUUGCAUGACAAAAAUUGCUGUCAAGGCUGUGUAGUUUUGGGGGUGUUUUCUGUUAAGAAAAUACAUUACUGUCUAGAUUGCUGCUGCUGCUGUUAGCAUAAAGGGAUCAAGAAGCAGCUUAACUGAGGAGGAAAGAACAUAGCAGAGAUUAUCAACAGGCAAGAGGGAAAAAUCAGGUUCAUAAAGAGCAGAGGAUACUAUCUACUAUCCAGCAGUGCACCCAGAUAGUCAUUAGGAGAAGUUUGCUGGAUAACAGAAAGACGAUCAAGCCCAAAAAUAAGGCUUUUAAAGCAGAGCUCUGGAAAUUGCUUUCACUUGUAUGUUAAAGCUUAGAAAAUGUCAAAAGCUUCUCUGUAUUUUGAAUCUGCACCAAGCAAUCCACUUGUUUGCUUCAACUGAUACUAUGGGCAUGUGAUACAUAGGCUUAGCUUUUAACCUAUUUAAAUGUAUACUUUCUGCUCCCCUGAUCUCACGUCCCAAUCAGAUGCACUUGGCAAURUACUGUGGUAUUUCAUCUGACAUGAUGACACGUGGCCCGUAGGGCUGACCUGGGGUGUUUGUUAGUUUGUUGGUUGUUUUUUGCAAAAGCUUUUUUGUGUAUUUGAAAAUGAACUUUACCUAAAGCUUACCGUGAAAUUCCUGUCCCUAAUGCUAACAGUCAUUAACUUCUUGUGCCUUAGGAGUUUUUUUCUUGGUUUUGUGUGUCUUCAAGUACGUAAGAGGGAUUUAAUGGAACAUUGAGUUAAAACUCGGCCAUCCAAGAUGCAAAAUA